AUGACACUCAGUCAAAAUGUACUCUUGAAUCUUGUCCAAAAGUCUUCCAGCAGGUGCAGGCAGUGGAAGUUGCUCACUGUUUCCUGUUGGGUGAACGAUAUUCAAAAUGCUUUGAUGCUACUUACCAAUCUACGACAGGCCAAAGUAAGUUGUAACAAAAAUACAUGUAUAUCCGUCAUUUUCGAGAACUCGCUCCUAUAA